UAUAUCAAUUCAGCGACUAUUCCGACCAUAUUCAUCGUGUACUUGAACUCUGAUGCUCUCCAGAGUCCGGCUUCUAUCCCAGUGCCUGACGCCUCCCAAAUCAAUAUCCCAACGACGGGCUCUGUGGCGAAGCACCAUGUCCAUCUCGUCCACCUCGACCUCAAAAUUCACUCUCCCAGGCACCACGCCCAGCAUUCCCAUCACCCAUCCGACAUGCCUGACUCAAGACCAAAUCUUGAAUUUCCCAGCCUUCAAAACCUGGCUCGCCACCCUUCAACACUCCCUCUCCCUCCAAACAAGACAGUCCUCCCAUCCUUUUCACAGCAGCCCCUACACCCUGCGAUCCAUCGACAUCCAAUCCGCCGACUUCUUCUCCGGCGGCCGACUAGGCUUCAUCAAACUCCGCGCGACCGUCACCAAUGACCAAGACGAACAUCUCCCCGGCGCCGUCUUUAUGCGCGGAGGUUCCGUGGCCAUGCUAAUCACCCUGUCGCCUUCUGACCCUGACCCUGACUCCGACUCACAUUCGGCCGGAGAAGAAUACGCCAUCCUCACGCUCCAACCACGCAUCGCCGCUGGCAGUCUCAACUUCAUCGAAAUCCCCGCCGGCAUGCUCGACGACUCUGGCACAUUCGCCGGCGCCGCGGCCAUGGAGAUCCACGAAGAAACCGGUCUCGAAAUCCACAGUGACGAAUUACUCGACAUGACGCAACUUUCCAUCCAAUCUCGUGGGCAUGAACAGGAACAGGACCAAGCCUCGCAAGGUACCGACGAAGUUGAACCACACCUUCAGAAAGCAAUCUACCCGUCACCAGGGGGCAGCGACGAGUUCAUUCCAAUCUUCCUCGCCCGGAAGAGCGUGUCUCGGCGAAAGAUUGACGAGCUCAAGGGGAAACUGACCGGCCUCAGAGACCAUGGAGAGAAAAUCAGAUUGAAAAUCGUGCCCUUAAAUCAAGUGUGGAAGGCAGCCGCAAGGGACGGGAAGACAUUGGCCGCGUUGGCGCUGUAUCAGGGGUUGAAAGGGGAAGGAAUGAUCUGAAUCAUGUCUUCAACGCGUCGUAGAAGUGUUCGUCUGCACGUUGUGACAGCAUGACGCUCACUAAACACAGAUCAACGCUGCGACUGUUUCGGAUGUAUGCUACCUGUAAUGUAGCUUUUCGGGGGGGCGUACCAACAAAUCAUCAGCAUGCAGGACUUUUCGAAUUGGAUUGGGGGUAUCUAAUACAGUCCUAGAAGAAGCUGGGGGUCGCGAGCGAUCCUACGACUGACUUGCCGACCCAUUCUGCGUCACAGCCAGGUACUUCUCAUGUGCCUUCCUCUGAGCAUCCCACUCCUUCUUCAGCUUCUUGAUCCGAUUGGCAGACAAUGCACCACUUUCCUUCGCCACCGUCGGCACGCCAUCCUGGUCCCAGGCUGAAUAUUCGUUCGAAUGCGGAGGCUUGAACAUCUCGGUCGGACUGAUUUUCCCUUUCUGCAACUUCUCCAGUGCUUCCUGUUCUCGCUUCUUCUUGGCCUCUUCCUUCGCAAGGGCCUUUUCUUCCCUCUCGCGCCGGACAGCCCUGAG